UGAGGAGAGCGCAUCCCGAAACUGAUGUACUCAGCCCCUCAGCCAUGCCGAGCAGUGUCCAGAGUAAAGUCCAUGCUCCACGCAACCCCAAGCUGAGCCGACGUGAAGAGGCCGCCCUCACGAUGACCCUGACCCCAUCCGCAUUUCUACGGGAGAUGUCCUUCACAACAGAGCAGCGACUGGCCAGCACUAGAGAGAUGCAUCCUCCUCGGAUCGUCCAGAUGCUGGAUAUGAGUGAGACCACCCAUCAGAAGUUCUCCUCAGUGGACGUAGAGCAGGCCCUCUUCCAGCCUUUCCCAUCGGAAAUUGUGUUCCAGAACUACACCCCCUGCGAGACGUAUGAGGUACCGCUCGUCUUAAGGAACAACGACCAGGUUCCUCGACUGGUAAAAGUCACUCAGGAGAGUUCACCCUACUUUCGGAUUGUCAGCCCCAACGACGUGUGUCACAAGGUGGCUCCGGGCAUGCCAUCCACAUUCCGCAUCCUCUUCACCCCUGAGGAGAAUAAGGAUUACGUUCAUGAAUUGAUUUGCAUCACGGAGCGAGAGAAGUUUUUGGUCCCCAUCCGAGCGAUCGGAGCCCGCGCCGUGCUGGAUUUUCCAGACCAGUUAAGUUUCCAGGUCUGCCCUGUCAAGUACAGCACCCAGAAGACGCUCCUGGUGCGGAAUAUCGGCAAUCGUGAAGCGUGCUUUCAGCUGCGGACACAGAGGCCUUUCCACGUGGAGCCAGUGUCUGGAACCCUUGAUGUAGGGAACAGCAUGCAGGUUAUCCUGGAAUACCAGCCGACGGAGGUCGGAGAUCACAAACAGGAGCUGUUGAUCCAAUACGACACAGGUGAGGAUGUUCGGGUCUGCCUGUAUGGAGCUGCUGCCGACGUGAACCUGCGACUGGACAAAAACUCACUGACCAUUGAGAAGACCUUCCUGUCCUUAUCCAACCAGAGGACGGUCACCAUCCACAACCGCAGUGAUGUCAUAGCUCACUUCCAGUGGAAAGAAUUCGCUUCACAGCAGGAGGAGCAGCAACAGAAGGAGAGAUUCUGCUCCGAUCUUCUCAUUGAUGAAGAGGAGGAGACCGACCGCUUCUUGGAUGAAUGUAAGGCCGAUCACAGUCUCCGGGAGCGCCUUUCCCUCCUCAGCCGAACCUUUCACAACCGCCGAAGAGUUGCCGAGAGCGACUCCAUGUUAUUCACAGACCCAGUGUUUCAGCUGGAGCCGGUGGAGGGGGACGUCUGGCCUAACUCUUCUGUGCAGGUCACCGUGCUCUUCAAACCCCAGGCCGCCCAGGUAUACCAGCGGACCGUCUACUGUGAUAUCACAGGUCGAGAAACAAGAUUGCCCCUGCGGAUUCGAGGAGAGGGUCUUGGGCCCAAACUUUGUUUCAACUUUAAUGAGUUGGACAUCGGGAAGGUGUUUGUGGGGUCCACACACAACUAUGAGGUCAUCCUGACAAACCAGGGUGCCAUCGAUGGGAUCUUCAGCCUGGCGCCUCCCACCUCGGCCCUGGCGUCCUGCUUCACCUUCUCUCCUAGUGAGGGGAUCAUCCUACCUGGUGGGCACCAGGCCGUCCAGAUCUGUCUGUGCUGCAGCGUCCUGGGAGAGUUCACUGAGGAUUUCCACUUCACUGUGGAUGGGGCCCCUGAUGAUGUUACACUAACAGUAAGGGGCUGCAUCAUCGGACCCACCUUCCACUUCAGCGUGCCGGCCUUACACUUUGGGGACGUGUCCUUUGGAUUCCCACAAACUCUCUUGUGUUCACUCAGUAACACCUCUCUGGUCCCAAUGAGUUUCAGCCUACGGGUCCCUGGAGAUGGCGGUGGGGACCCCAGCGUCACCAGUCACACUUACAUCACAGAAGCCAGGGUGGCAUCAUGGAGAAGACAGCAGAAUGGAGGCUGGAGACCUCGUGAAUUCACCAUCACACCCUCCAGAGGAACCAUCCGCUCUCAGGGCCUCCUGGACAUAGAGGUGACCCUGUGCUUCAACAGCUUGAAGAAGUACGAGCUGGCAUUGGUGGUGGACAUUGACGGCAUCGGAGAGGAGGUUUUGGCUUUACCAAUAACUGCCAGGUGUGUGGUGCCACCAUUGUUUGUGGAGAACAUGGCCGUCACAUAUAACCGGUGCUUCCUGCAGUUCCCAUAUGAGCGCACUGUGACCCUGCACAAUCCCAGCAGCCUCCAGGGGUGUUACGUUUUCCUGCCACAGGAGCCAGAUUCUUCCACUAAUAUCCUGUAUAACAGCCCAAAAUCCCGCGGAAUAAUUGAAGCACAUAGCAGCGUGGACGUGCCUAUAGUACUGAGAGCCCAGAGGACCGGGGAGCUGAGUGCAAAGGCUCACUUUGCUGUGUAUGGAAGCACCCAACCCCCAAUGGAGCUUCGCCUGCAGUGCAUUGGGGAGGGGCCCGUCGUCCAUGUUGAUCCUAGUGAGGUGGAUUUUGGAGAUAUCCCAGUCCUUACUGAUGUCUCAAGAACAAUCCGUCUGUGCAACCAGUCCCUGAUCCCAGCGCCCUUCCAGGCCAGCAUGAUGCGGAAGCGGUCGCUGUGGCGGGUAGACCCUGGCUGUGGUCAGGUUCCCCCAGAAGGAGAAGUCCACCUGACACUUGUGGCCCAUCUAGAUGAUACGCUGACCUUCAGAGACACAGUCCAGCUGGUUAUUACUAACAGCAACACCUAUCUCAUCCCAGUUCAUGCUACUGGCACUGGAACCACCAUAGUCACUGACAAGACAUUUGCGCCGGUGCUGAAUCUUGGCGCCCAUUUCAGUGCUGAUCCCUGUCGCUAUCAUUUCACUAUGACAAAUCGCGGCCGUCGCACGCACCAGCUCUACUGGAUGACCGAAGGAUUCCCUCAGUUCCGCAAACAUCAGCAACUUCCUAGCCUUAAAGCGGGGGCCCCUCAGCCUGAGCCACAGGGCCCCGUGUUUAGACUCCUUCCGUCACGCAUGGAGUUGAAUCCCGGACAGAGCAUUGCUGUUGUGUUGGAGGGGUCCUCGACCACACCAAAGAUGGUGAAGGAGCGUCUCCUGGGACAGGCCAUCAUAGGAAAGCAGUCUGGCAAGGAAAGGAUCCUGAUGGUCGAUGUCAUUUGUGAAUUCAUUGCUCCUGUCCUUCACCUGUCCAAGCAGAGUCUGCACUUCUAUGUGGAGAAGCAACCAGAAGAACAGCUGAUGGAGAAAUUUGAGUCCGUGACACUGAAAAACAUUUCUUCGCUGCCUCUGACCAUCCUCCUGUCCCUGAAGCCUCCAUUCUCUCUCUGCCGCGGUGAUACUGUCCAGGAGGAGGAUGAGCAGAAUCCCCUGCGCCUUGACACUGGUGAAGAAGUGGAGCUGACCAUCAAGUUUGAUCCGACUUUCAUUGAUGAUCUCCAGAGCCGAGUCCUGGAGGAGGUUCUGUCCAUCUGCUAUGCCGAGCACCCUCAUACAGACUACAUCGCUCUGCAGGCUGAGGUGCAUUUCCCAAACCUUCACUUUCCUUAUAACCAAAUCCACUUUGGCUGCAUACUCAAUGACACAGAGAGCACCCGAGAGCUGGAGGUGACCAACUGCAGCCCGCUGCCCGUACAGUACCGCUGGGCCUUUGUGAAGGAGGGUGAGAUCAGGCUCUGCGACAGAUUGCAGAAUCCACUACACAGUCCUCAAGAGGCUCCUGGAAUCUCGGAAGAAGGCUCUGAUUCAAGUGACAGGCAAGAAGAACCACACAAAUCAGGAGGGGAUGUCACCAGUAUAGUUACCUUUUCCCAGUCCCUGGACGCCCAGCCAAAGACUAUGAAUCCUGGCACUGGAGAUGGUGCGAUUGUGGCAGAGGAACAUAUGAAUACAGGCGUGGAGGAGGUCUUUGAUAUUCUGCCCCAGUUUGGGACUCUACAGCCGGGUGAGAGUCAGGUGGUUUCUUUCACUUUUUAUGGACACUCCGACAUCAGCGCUGGGGCCCGAGCUGUGUGUGAGGUUUUGGGGGGCCCCAUGUAUGAGGUCCGCCUGCAUGGUGAGGCUUCUCUUGUCUGCUACAGUCUCAGUGCAAAAGAGAUCGACCUUGGAGUCCAGAUGUUUGACCAAGUGACUGACACACAGAUUGUCCUGAGGAACACGGGGAAGGUCAGCUUCCCAUUUACCGUGCUGAACCAGAGGCCUGAGGUGCAGCCGUGUCCGUGCCCCGGGGAGCCCCGCGUCCAGCCGCCCAGUGGUCUUAUUCCUGCCGGAGGAGAAGAGAUCCUGACGGUUUCCUAUUUUCCCGGAGUCCCCGAAACGUUCCAGCACUUCAUACACCUGCAGGUGGCUCAUAUGGAACCAGAGGUCAUUGCCCUGAGAGGAGAAGGAGUGUUCCCGCGCAUCUGCCUGGAUCUGCCUCGUAACCUCAAAGAGUGUGACAGGUUUGAGACGUGCCUUUCGGCAGCCCAGGAGAAGCUGCGAGGAGGGGCGCCCGGCCCCAGCGAUGCCCUGGAUACACUGCUGAUGAUGGAGCUGGAUCGGCUGCUGAUCAAGAAGCAUGCCGAGGAUGAGCUUGGCCUAGGGGUCACCGGGGACAGUCCCCAGAAGAGGCGCCGGCAGCUGCUGAGGGCGGACCUCCCAGAGUACCUGCUGGAUUUUGGAUACGUCAUACCUGGAGAAGUCCGAUCACAUGUGAUAAAAGUCACCAACACGGGACAUUUUCCGGUGUCCUUCCAGGCAGACCGACGCGGACUAGCGGGCACAGGGUUCACCGUGGAGUUGGACCGCGUCAGGAAUCUGCCAUGCUGUCAGACGGAGAUAUUCCAGGUCCAUUUUGAUCCACAGGGCGCCAAUCUCAGUCUGGGAGCGGUGGAUGUGGUGGCACACAUUCAGGUGAGUGGCGGCCCCAGGUUCCCUCUCCAUCUGCGGGCGCUGGUCACUAUGCCGUCCCUGUGCGUUUCGGAGGAGCGGGUGGAGUUCAGUCCUGUGCAGUGCGGCCAGUGUCAGAUCCGCACCAUUCAGCUCUAUAACCAGCUUCCUGUGCCUUGCGAGUGGUCAGUGAUGUCCCAAGAAGCUGCGGUCAAGAUAGACAAACACCUUCCUCUGCACCUACGCAAGAAACUGAGGCAGGAGGCCAAGCCUAAACCUGCCAUCUUCGAGAUGAUCCCUGCAUGUGACCUUCUGCUUCCUGGGCAGAAGAAGAACGUGGAGAUAAAGUUUAUGCCACAGGAAGAGAAGCUGUACAGUCAGCGCCUGGUCCUGCAGGUCGCUCAGAGCAGCCAGCGAGUCAUGGUGCUAGCACAAGGCCAGGGCUUGGAGCCACGGCUAGAAUUUUCCCCCAGUGUCUUGGAGCUGGGCCCCAUCCUGCCCUUCAGCCCCGGUGAUGAUGUGGAGGUUGUGGUGAAGAAUCCCUGCAGCUUUCCCAUUGAGUUCUACUCCCUGGAGAUGGACCAACAGUACGUGGAGGAGGAGAAGAUUCUGCGGAUGCUGAAGGGCUACGAUGCCCAGAACAUGCUGCUGCUCCCACCCCGCCAGACAGGUGAAAGGCUCCCCCCGGAAAUCCUGGAGUACUGUGAGGAGAAGAGGCGGCUGCAGGAGGAGCAGGAGAGGGGGCAUGGGACAUUGGGCACAAUGGCAGGUGCCGCUGAGGAGGCAGAGAAGGAGCUGGUGGCAGAUAGGGAUGAGAGAGUGGAGCUUCCACCAGCCCAGCGCAUCCCGUCCACCAUGAGCUAUGGAGAGGGUCGAUCCUCUCCUGGAGAAGCUGCAGAGGGCGCAGUGCCAGGUGAGAAGGUCUGCAACAAUGCCAGUACCAACAAGGUUGUGGGCGAACUAGAAUACAACCCCGUGUCCGCAGCUGUUGCCCGCCAUAUGGGCAUUGACACCAGCAGUGAGGGCCAAGCAGCGAGGAACCGUCGUGGCAUCGCUAUCAUUGUACAUGGAGCUCCCCUUACUGGCAAGAGCUCUGCGGCCGUGGCAUUGGCACAGCAUUACAGCGCCGCCUGUCUGUCCAUUGACGCCGUGGUCCUGGAAGCCAUCUCUGAUGGGAGCAGCCAUGCUGGUCAGAAAGCAAGACAGCUGUGUGCCAAGGCUGCGCUCAAUCAGGUCCUGCGUGAGCCCGAGGAGGCAGCCUCCCAGUUGGUUGACUCCGCCGGCGCUCAGCCUGCAUUAAGUGUGGAAGCGCUCGCCAGACACACAGCGGAGGGAGCACAAGCGGCAGAGUCCAGAGUCGCUCCUCACUCGGUUAUUUCCCGGGGAAAUCGAGGAAGUUUACUGGCAGCAAAGGGCAAAUCAGAGUCUCAGCAAAUCCCAGGAGUCAAGCAGCAGCACCUGUCUGAUCAGGCGGCCUCCCAGUCUGGCAGCUCACCUAUCCCGGGGCCAGCACAGCGACGUCUGAGUGUGAGUGCAAGUGUUGGCGGCGACCAUGGGCUGAUGAGCUGUGUGCUGCCAGAAGACCUGCUGCUGGAAAUCCUGUGUGACCGGCUCCAGUUAAGUGACUGUUUCCGCGGCGCUGUGUUUGACGGCCUCGAUACGUUGUUUGCCCGGAGCAUGUCCUCCGCGCUCCUCAUCGUCCUGAAGGCUCUGAACAAUCGUAAGCACAUAUACCUUAUCAACCUGCAACAGGACUACGCCUCAAUGAGAGCGCAAGACCACGCCCGGAGGCACCAGGAAGAACAGGAGCAGCUGCAGAUCCAGGCCCAGGAGAAGGCCAGUAUGGAGGAGAUGGACGAGGACGAGUACGAUCAGUUACCGGCAGAGGAGAAAGCUCGUAUUGAUGGACUGCGUCUCAGGGCCAUAAAGGAGCGCAAGAAAAGGGAGCAGGAAGAAAGGCUGGCCAGAGAGGAGCAAGAGCGAAAGCUGCAGGAAGAGCUGCUAAAGCAAAGAGAGGAAGAGGAGCUGAAGAGGAAGUCCAAGAGAGGAAAGAGCCGCGAUUCUGAUGGGAAGAAGAGUCAAAUGGGGAACAAACAGGCCCCAGCUCUGCUCGCUGUGAAGUCAGAACAACGAUUGGACUCGGGAACUGAGAGGAAGAUUUCUCUGAACCGAUCAGACUCUGCGCAGUAUGAUUGUGAUGAAGGCAGAAGAAAAAAACCUCUGCAGCAUGUGAGUGUCCAGGAAGACGCCGACUCUGUUAGUGAGAGUGAGAAGCAGCUGAUUCAGAAGUUCAAGACCUACGAGUCCUCGCAGAAGGAGAUCCUGCACAUCCUGAUCUUCUGGGACCGUGUGCAGGGAGUCCUGGUUCCACUGUCCACUGCAGAAGAAGGACAGCAAGAAGGUGAGGACCAGGCCCCCGAGCGGCAGGCACCCUCUGGUAAGAGGUAUCGUAAAGACCGAGAGCGGCAAGAGAAGCUGGAGCGGGAGAAGGCGGAGAAAGAGAAAGCGGAGAAGGAGCGGCUUGACAGGCUGAGAGCCACUGAAGAGGAGGCAGGAGGACUCGCAGGGCCAGAGAAGGAUGGACAGGAAAACCGGGAGGAGGAGCUGAAGACAGAUGUGGGGAUCCCACACUAUGACCUCCAAGUCUCUGGAGAACCCUACACCAAUGAGAAGAAUGUUCUGCAGAGCGGCUUUCUACCUUCAGUAGAUGAGGUGCUGGAAGGCCUCGGACUUGGCCCGUCUGGUCCUCCCAUUCCACCACCGUACCUCUGCUCUGUCAUCGUCUUCCCUGAAAGAAGGACUUUGUCUGUGGAACCCGAGACACUGGGGCACUUCACCUUCAUUGCAGCAUCUCCUGAUGACCCCAAUGUAAUUACUGAAGAUAAGAAGGAUCCAGAACCUGAACCGGAGCUUACCCUCCCCCUGCUUAAGGAGGAGCAACUAACGCCCACCAAGAGCCGGAGCAAAAAGGACAAAGCUGCUGACACCGGCCGAGAGAGUCAGAAAGAAAAACGCCGUUCCUCCUCACUCCGCAAGACGCAGCAGAACCCAGAGAGCCGUUCUCCACCACCUGGUGCCAGGACACCCCUCUCAGACAUAGACCGCAGCAGUGUCACAGGAGAAGCCCCGAUGGAGAAGUUACUGCCGCUCGGGGUAUUCCGCUGGGUGGUCCCAGCCGGUGGGGAAGUGCCUCUGCGAAUUCAUUUCCACUCAAACCACACAGAAAACUUCGAUCAGACCCUGAACUUUGAGCUUGUCGGAACCCGCCGUCGAUACCAGCUGUACUGCCGAGGAGUAUGCGCCUUCCCCACCAUCAGCAAAGACCCCAAGGUUGUCUUUCCUCAUCGCAAAAAGGAAAUCCAAAGUGAUGAGAUCAUUCACAAGAAAUUCAUCCUCAGCUCCAGCACCUUUGACUUUGGACCUUUGCUGUGCGGGAAAAGUCGAGAGAAAUAUAAAGCUGGACAAUAUCCAGAGAACAUGGAGAAAGUGACCAUCUGCAGUGUGUCUCCCCUGGAGUCUGAGGUCACAUUCUGCUUCCAGAAUGACAUGAAAGCUGCAACCUUCAUCCUGGACCCCCCGACCAUGAGCCUAAAGCCCAGCGAGAAGCAGGAGCUCUCCAUAUGGGCUUAUCCCACUGCGCCCGGGGUGUUUGACGAUAACAUCGUAUGCUGCAUUAAGGACAAUCCUGAGCCGGUCAUCUUCCACGUGAGCUGCCGAGGCGUGCGCCCAGAGCUGGAGCUAGACCGCAAGCAGGUUCACUUUGAGAAAAUGCUGCUGCAUCGGAAGGACACCAAGACGGUCUUCCUCAGGAACAGCACCUUCUUACCAGCUGCCUGGAGGGUGACGGGUCUGGAGAACUUGGGUGACGACUUCUCAGUGUUUCAGGAUCAGGGUAUUGUGGCACCCCGUUCUGAGUAUGGUUUACAACUUCACUUCAAGGCAGCCAAAGCCACCAACAUCAAGAAGUUCAUUCGUCUGGAGGUUUCUGAUGUUGAGAACAUUCUGGGAAUUGUGCAACUCGAGAACAUCCAUGUGUUUGCAGAGUCUUACGAUGUGGCUCUAGAUAUCAGCUUCCCUAAAGGUACAGAUGGAGGCCUGGACUUCGGAGUGGUGAAGGUCUCAGAAGAAUCUAAACAUACCCUAUCUCUGAAGAACAAGGGGAAGUAUGAGAUCGGCUUCAGUUUCUCCUUGGAAGCCCCUGCUCCAGGAACGCCAGAUUUGAACUCCAUCUUCUCUAUCCUGCCACAAAAAGGGACCCUGAGCCCCAACGAGCGAGCCACCCAGGUGCAGAUUGUGUUCCAGGCCAAGAUGGAAGUGCAGAUUGUGGAUAAACCAAUCCUGAAAUGCCAGGUCAUUGAACCCAGCCUGUCAGAUGAGACAAUCGCGAGUAUCCCAAUUCGCGUAUCUGUCUCUUCAGCGUUCGCCAAAUACCGCCUCGCCCCGUCCUCAGACGUUAACUUUGGAGCCAUGGUGCUGGGCAGCCGCAAGUUGUGUUCAUUCACCUUGGAGAACUGCGGUCUGCUGGAGUUUCGUUACAGUAUCAGCAAGAUGAUCCGUGAGGCAAUGAUCCAUCCGGCCAAGAAGGGGCCGGCUCAUGGAGUGAAGAGAGCUCGUUCGCGGGAGGGUUCUGGAUCUAGCAGAUCAGUUGCUUUGGGCAAAACAAAACGUGCGGAUUCCCAGCUGCGAGACUCGAGUAUUUCUGGGCAGGCGCGCUUGACCCUGGGCUCGUUCACGGUGUCGCCUGGCUUCGGGACCAUUGCGCCAGGGGGUCAGCAGGUGGUCAGCGUGGAGUGUGUAGCCGACCAGCUGGGAAAAAGUGAGGAAUUCCUGGCUCUAGAUAUCUCUGAUCGACAGCCAGAAGACCUGCCCACCGGCAUUCCCUUCCGUCUCAUUAGUGAAGUGUGCACCCCAGGGUUCGUUACCGAGGACAUUCCCAGUAUAUUUGAAGAGCAUCGUAUUGUGGGGGAUGCCAGGAUCCUGCAGUGUCUGCCGCCUCUUCAGUCAGACGGGAUCUACCUGCAGGACGAGAAGCGAUUCUUAUUCUGGAACGUGUUGGUGGGACAGACGGCCACCGCCCGCUUCAAGAUCACCAACUCUGGAAAGGUUCCCUGUGAUGUGGCGCUGACCGUCAAACCGCUCUCUGCUAAGUCCGUGGCUCGGAUCACUGACAUCUUUGAGGUGCAGCCGCCCAGAAUGAGUAUCCCGAGCCACAGUCACAGCUAUGUGAGCGUCUCCUUCACCCCGCAGAGCAUGCAGAGCUACCAGUGCUCCUUUGAGGCUACUGUCGAGGGGAUUGCAAGUGCACUCUCUAAAUCUCGCAGUUUGACCUUUGACAUCAGUGGAGAGGGCAACCUUCCCUGCGUCACCAUCCUGCGUCCAGCACUGCGCAACAAGCGCGGAAACCCGGUUCUCCUCUUCCAGAGGCUCCUGAUUGGUCAGAAUCAACAACUUCCUCUUGUCUUAAAAAAUGAGGGCUCUGUCCCUGCACAGCUGAAUAUUGAUUUGCCAGAAGAAACACGGGCAUUUUAUUUAAAGCCAAAACCGACCACUCACUGCAUCUACCCUGCCUGGACCGAGACAGGAUGCCUGGAGCAAUCAGGAGCAGGGCACCGCGCUCACACCGCCUCACUGAUCCUCCGUCCAGGGGAGUUGGCAGAGUUUGUGGUGGGGUUCGGCCCCCAGGAGCCGCAGCGCUAUGAGGCCGCUCUGCUCCUUUCAGUGCUGGAUAAUCAGUAUGAGAAAAGCUGUGUGCAGCUGGUGGGAGAGGGUUAUAAGGAAGAUCUGACCCUAGAUAACAUCCACAGCCCCGGAGAGCUGGGUGUCCUGGAGGGGCAGCUGGAGGACGACGUGGUGGAAGCUGCCCGUACCGAGCACAUUGUCUUUGGUGAAUGCCACAUAGGACGUCAAUACCAGGUGACUUUUACCAUGACAAACCGCAGCCAAACCGAUUCCAUGAGGUUUGAGUGGCCAUCACAGACACCGCUGGAGUUCUCCCCUCAGGUGGGGCAUAUUCACCCUGGCUGCGCCAAAGACGUGACCGUCACCCUGAAGUCAGAUGUGGCUGUGGCAUUACACAAGUGUCCGGUCAGGUGCCGAGUGUCCCGGAUAUCCUUCCCGCACCCCCUGGAUCAGGUGGCUGACUGGGACGACAGAAUGAGGACAGUGACCUGGGUGGACAGUGGUAAGGGGGCAGCCGGCCCGCAUCCCAAGAAGAAGGUGGUUGAGACUGACCCGGAGCCUGCGCACAUAGCUCUCGAUGAGGAGGCCCGAGAGGUGGAACUGCUGAUCACUGCUACUGUGGAUUAUGCCCGCUACACAGCCAAGUGUGAGAAGGUGCACUUCAGGGACACUCUGCUGUAUCAGACACGCGUGUACAAGCUCCUCAUGCAGAACACGGGCACAGUCCAGCUGCAGUUCUCCUGGCAGGUCCAAAUGGAGGGUCAGGGAGCUCCUGGGCCAGCAGACACAGGCGAGCCCCUGGGCAGUGCCCGCAGCUCAUCCACCAACAGCCGUCCAUCCAGUGUCCUAGAAAGUAUGUCUUCACUGGUGCCGGUGGGAGCGGAGGCCCCUCCAUUCAGUGUGCAGCCGCACAGCGGAGUCAUCCCGGCCGGGAAGAUGAGAGAAUUCCUCAUCAAGUUUUCUCCCACACAAGUUGGAGAGUUUGAUGGUUGUCUGAUCUGCAGCAUCCCCAACAUGCCUCCCGGAGAGCAGGAGCCAGUGCUUCCAGUGACUGGACGCAGCCUUCUCCCUUACUGUCACUUCCAACUGGAGGAUUCAGACUAUAUCAGCAGCGGCAGGCGAAACCCAGAGCUGUGCGGCCCCCGUGGUGCCCCCUCAGGGACCACCUUGGAUCCUGAGACGCGGGUUGUUGAAUUCAUGUCUGUGGGUGUAAAGACUAAGAACAGCAGGACCUUCAGCAUGUUGAAUCCCACCACCAGCCUCUACUCUUUCCUGUGGACCUGUGAGGACCCCCCAAGCCUUCAGAAUACUCCAGCCUUCCGCUGCUUGAACGAACAAGGGGUGAUCCAAGCUGAAAAGAAAAUUGAGAUCACCUUUGAGUUCAUCCCUCAAGUGCUGGACAUCAGUGAAUCUUUCUGGAAAUUCUCGAUUCCUGAGCAGAACAUCUCCAUCCCCUUCCUUCUUGUUGGCAACGUCCUGGAGCCCUCAGUGUCCUUGGACAGGUCACAUCUGAACUUCCGCUCCCUGCUGAUAGGGCAGGAGGUGCAGGAAUCCAUCCACCUCAUCAACAAUGAGAAGAAACCCUUCUACUUCACUUUCCGAGACAGUUCUCGCUUUUCAGAGGGCCGCACUCAUUCCCUGACGGUGAGACCUAUGGAAGGAACGAUCCCCCCUCAGAGCAGGGUCCCCAUCAUGGUUCAAUUCCAGCCAUCUACAGUUGGUGAGGUCAAUUUCAACCUGAUUUGUGAUGUGAAGACCAAAACUGAGCCGCUCUACCUGAAUGUAAAGGCUGAUGGGCACUCCACCCAGGUGUCUGUGCAGUGCCGAGACAACAUGGGCACAGUCACUGCCCUCUUUGCCCAGAAACCCCAAGAGCUUGACCUUGGACAGGUGGACAUCAACGAUCGCUGCACCUUCCAGUUCCUCAUCAUGAAUAAUGGCCACUUCUCCUUUAAUUAUUCCUGCGCUCUGACCGUUCCUCGGGGGCUGCAAGAAUUUCUCAGCAUCUCCCCCAGCUGUGGACGUGUGGCCCCCGGACAACAGGCUCAGACAUCGCUCACCUUCUGUCCAACCAGGAAAUGUGCAGUAAAAGAGUCUGCGCUGACCAUCGGGAUAGAGAACGGGCCGGAGAUCACGUGCCCCCUGCGAGGCAGCGCCGUGCAGCCCGCCAUCCACUUCUCUUUCAAAGAACACAACUUUGGCUACUGCUUCAUCUACCACGCAGGAAUGCAGCCUGUGCGCGAAACCCUGGUCAUCACCAACAAGGACAGCAGGCCAGUGAGCAUUGACUGUCUGUACAGUAACACGAGUCACAUGGAGCUCGACUUCUGCUCAAAUGUCCUCUCUCCUGGAGACAAGAUGGAGGUUUUUGUCAACUUCUAUCCCCGAGCAGCCAUCUUGUACCAAGAAAGUGUUGUCUUUCAGAUGAACGGCCAUUCCAAUCACCUUGUUCAACUCCAGGGUCACGGGAUCGAGCUGAAGGUUGAAGUCGCUGAUCCCAAACAUAAAGUUAUAAACUUUGGAGCUGUGAACAUUGGUCAGACUGUGAAAAGAGUCGUCCCCAUUGUGAACAAGAGCCUGGCCCCUGUGCGCUGCACCCUGCACAUGAGCCCAAGCAUGGCUGCGUUGCAAGAACCCAAGGUCCUCACUCUGUCCCCCGAUGCAGAGAUAACUCUUCCUGCCCGUGGUGGGCUGUGUAAGCUGGAGGUGCUCUUCACCCCUCGGAGCAGGAUUGCCCCAUUUGCAGAGGAGGUGAUGCUGGAGUCCUGUGGGGUGAUGCGCUCGCUUUUUGUGGUGCGAGGCUGCAGCCAAGGCCUGGAGCUCAGCUUGGACCAGGAGUAUGUGUCCUUUGGGGCGGUGGUGCAGCAGAGCCGAGCCACGCGCAGGAUAACCCUCAGUAACACGGGAGAACUGGGAGCCAGGUUUCAUUGGGACAUUAAGAAGUUUGAGCCAGACUUCUCCAUCUCACCAGCAUCUGGUUACAUCACGGCCGGCACAGAGGUCACGUUUGAUAUCGUCUUCCACCCCCCUGAGAUCAGUUCUGAUGUUCUCUAUGAAAACCUGCUCUGCUCCAUUGAGGGAGGCAGGACGUUGAAGCUGACACUGUCCGGAUCAUGCGUCGGGUUUCCAACAACAAAGGAGGUUGUCAACUUUCAGUGUCAGGUGCGGAGCAAACAGACGCAAACCAUCUUCCUGAGCAACAAAACGAACAAGACAUGGCAUCUGAAGCCGGUCCUAGAUGGAGAGCACUGGAGCGGAGCAGAGGCCAUCACUGUGGAGGCUAAUCAGCAGAACAAGCCCUAUGAGAUCACCUAUCAUCCACUGCUCAUGAGCACGGAGGGCAAGAAGCAUCAGGGCUCCAUCUUCUUCCCCCUGCCGGAUGGCACUGGAUUAUUCUACCUCCUGCAUGGUCAGGCUGAGCCUCCAAAAUCCUCCGGUACUGUGAUCAGAGAAGUCCCCUGCAAAACGUCGUACAGCGAACUGCUGACAGUCAGCAACUGGCUGCGCAGAACCCAACGGUUUCGUGCCAUAAUUGAGAUCCUGAAGCCAGAACGCCUGGACAGCGCCACCACCAUCAAGGGCCUGGACUUUGUGGAGGUGCCCGGAGGAGCCAAGAGAGACUACAAGCUGAACUUCCACUCUCACAAGGAGGGCACCUUCUCAACCAAGGUGACUUUCCGUAAUGAGACGACACAAGAAUACCUGUUCUAUUACGUUACAUUUAAAGCCACCCCCCCUGGCAUCAUCAGCACAGUAGAGCUGGUGACACCGGUGCGGCAAAGCACUGCAGCCACCCUGCUGGUGGAGAAUCCACUGUCUGUGUCGGUCACCUUCACCACGGACUGCAGAGUGCCGGAGAUUAGCCUCCCCCUGCAGAUCAGAGUGCCGGCCCAGUCUGAGCACCCCCUGGUGUUCGAGUACCAACCUCUGAAAACGGGUGAGUCCACGGGCAGGCUGACGCUGCAGAGCAGUGAGCUGGGCGUAUUACAGUAUGACCUGCUGCUGAGAGCCACCGCCGCUGUGUCGCAGAAGCCGCUGUACUUCCACACAACCCUGGGCACCAGUCAGACUCUGAGCGCCAGAUUCAUGAACUUCACUCGGCAGAAGACUGAGUACAGCUGUAAGGUUAAUAACUCGGAUUUCCAUGUAGACAAGGUGGUCAUGGCUGCUCCCUGUUCUCAGGGUGGAUCAGAAGUCAGCGUGGAGGUGACAUAUGAACCAGUCCAGCUUGGAGAGUCCCGGGCCGUGCUGCACAUCUCUUCCCCCUUGGGGGGUGAUUACACCUUCCCGCUGUUUGGCUCUGCCAUGGCUCCCAAACCUCAAGGACCUAUUCAGAUUCGUGCUGGUUCCAGUGUGUCCAUCCCCUUUAAGAACGUUUUCUUGCAGCCUACAACCUUCAGCUUUCAGACUGACCCUGCGGUGUUUGUUGUCAAGGCCUGUGAGCCUGUGCGCCCCAAGAAAACCCACUACAUAUCAGUGUCAUAUGAAGCCCCUCAUGGUGGCAGCAGGACCCCCGUGACUGGAAGGCUCGUCGUUUCCUGCCCUCGUGCCACUGGCAUUGCACAGGGAAUCUACUGGGUGUAUUACCUGAAGGGCGUGCCAUCCGACAAGUGACACGCGACUCUUCAGAGCCUCGUCAGAGCCAUUGGGUGACGGCUCUUCGCCCUGGUGCCGUUGCUGACCCCUACCAUGCCUUGUAGGGUUUUGGAAGCCUCAAACAUGAAUCAUGAUUCCUGCAGUAAAUGUCCUCUGUGGUGGCGGCCGCCCCCGUCCUCUGUGGUGGCGGCCGCCCCCGUCCUCUGUG